AUGUCGGAUCUGACCGUGAGCGAGCGUAGAAUCCGUCCUAUCCAGGAUGCGGUCUCGAGUGGGAACUGGAAACAGGCACUCCAGCUCUGCGACAAAUGGUCCAAGAAGGGUGAACGGUCGGAUCGAUUCCUGGCACUGAAAGCAUUUGUGCUCGUCAACCAAGUGGACGAGAAGCAACAUGAUCGGGGACACAAUGAAGUACUGGACUUGUGCAAACGCAACCCACCCAUUACGGAACCCGAAGCCAUCUAUCAAAUGCAACAUGCGCUCAAAGCCCUGUCGUUGCAUAAAGAGCAAGGCUACAAACUAUGGGAGCGGGCGGUCGGCUCAACACAAGACAACAAGGAUUUAUACAUCCGAUGGUUGAACGAAGCCAUCUUGGAGAGCGAUUGGCUCAGUGCUCAAAAGGUGUGA